AUGCCCGUCACAGACUUUACCACCAAAGAAAAGUACCGUUACCAGAACGGCUUCGGAUGCCACUUUGAGUCCGAAGCCGUCGACGGCACUCUUCCCAUCGGCCACAACAACCCGCAAAAGCCGCCGUACGGCCUCUACGCCGAGAAGCUCUCUGGCACCGCUUUCACGGCUCCGCGACACCAGAACAAGCAGACGUGGCUGUACCGCAUCCUGCCCUCUUGCGCGCACCCGCCCUACGGCCCGGCCGAGAAGACGGCCGCGGCGAAUGGGGUUGAUGGCGCGGCCCUCGACGAGGGUGCCAGCAAGCUGCACUAUAUCCCCAACCAGCUGCGCUGGGACCCCUUUGACCACAACGCGGCCCACGACCUCGACUUCGUGUCGGGCCUGCGCCUCGUCGCCGGCGCCGGCGACGCCAGCACCAAGACCGGCCUCGGCAUGUACGUCUUCACGGCCGGCAAGAGCAUGGACGCCAACGCCGCCUUCUACUCGGCCGACGGCGACCUCCUCAUCGUCGCGCAGGACGGCGACCUCGACAUCCGCACCGAGAUGGGCUGGCUGCUCGUCCGCCCCAUGGAGAUUGCCGUCAUCCCCCGCGGCGUCAAGUACCAGGUGCACCUGCCGUCGGGCGCCGCGCGCGGCUACGCCCUCGAGCUCUACGAGGGCCACUUCCACCUGCCCGAGCUGGGCCCCAUCGGCUCCAACGGCCUGGCCAACGCGCGCGACUUCCAGGCGCCCGUCGCCAGCUUCAGCGAGGACUUUGGCGCGACCGCCUCCGAGGGCGCCACCAGCUACACCGUGACGGUCAAGUUCAACAACACGCUGUUCCAGACGACGCAGCCGCAUACGCCGUUCGACGUCGUCGGCUGGCAGGGCAACUACUACCCCUACAAGUACGACCUGGGCCGCUUCAACACCAUCGGCACCAUCUCCUUCGACCACCCGGACCCGUCCAUCUUCACCGUGCUGUCGGCGCCGAGCCCGACGCCCGGCACCGCCGUCGCCGACUUUGUCAUCUUCCCGCCGCGCUGGCUCGUCGGCGAGGACACGUUCCGCCCGCCGUGGUACCACCGCAACACCAUGGCCGAGUUCAUGGGCCUUAUCUGCGGCGGCUACGACGCCAAGCGCGGCGGCGCUGGUGGCUUCGUCCCCGGCGGCGCCAGCCUGCACAACGUCAUGAGCGGCCACGGCCCCGACGCCGAGAGCCACGAGGGCGCCCGCGAGGCCAAGCUCGGCCCCGUCAAGGUCGGCGCGGGGAGCUGCGCCUUCAUGUUCGAGACGUGCCUCAUGGUCGGCGUCACCGAAUGGGGCCUGCGCACCUGCAAAAAGGUCCAGGAGGGCUACAGCGAGGAGAGCUGGGGCGGCGUCAUCACGCACUGGAAGCAGCCCGAGGACAAGCCCGUUCGCAGUCACCUCCUCGAGUAA